CUGAGACUGUCCACAUAGUAGUGACACUGAACAUGAAGAACCAGAACCACACGCUGAUGGAGAAAGACGUGGAGGAGCCACGUUGGUUUGAAUGCAUCAAUUUCCAGGUCCCACCUUUCACUGCACAAAAAAUGAACAUUCUGGACUUAUGGGAAGAGGUGGCCUCCGUGCACGUUCGCAUCCACAAGGGCGACAGCGUGCGCUUUGAGCGCAGGAAGAAGGUGCUGGUCAGGGAAGUUCAUAUCCACACCAUCAUCGACCCGGACAAACCCUUUUACAAGCCUGGAGAGACAGUAAGGUUUCGGAUUGUGAGGCUUGAUGACAACUUUAAGGCUGUUAAAGAAAAUGUAAGUGUUGGUUCUUACGACAAAAAGCCCAGGAUACUGAUUCUGACUCUUUCUUCUGCUCUCCAGAUCCCUUUGGUGCAGCUGAACGAUCCCGACAAGAACCGGAUUGGCCAGUGGCUGAAUGUGGAGACCCAACAAGGCAUUGCGGAUCUCACCUUCCCUCUGGCCUCGGAAGCAGCCCUGGGAACUUACACCGUCAAACUGAGAGAAGAAGAUCCUGAAUGGAAUUUUGAAGUGGAGGAAUAUGUGCUGCCUAAGUUUGAAGUAUUGUUCGAAGUCCCUCAAUUAGUCACCACUUCAGAUGAAGAAAUAAAGGUCAAAGUGAUUGGCAGGUAUACAUAUGGAAAAGGUGUUCGUGGGACUGUACGACUGAACCUGAUGAGAUAUACAUCCUUUUUUUUUCAUGAAGAGUCAACAAAUGAAACGUUGACUACCAUUGAGAAAGAGUACACUGCCAAGCCGAAUCUGCCUCACAGAAUUUAUGACUGUUUACCCACUGUAGCCAGUCCUCUGCCCUCGCCCUGGUCUAGUGGAAAGAGAGAAGCACACAUGGAGCAAGAGGAAGCGCUCCAGGGCAAGAUUUCUUGCCCUCGCCACUGUGUGUUGGAGCACCGGUGGACAGACAAGACCGGCUGUGCUUUCAUCACAAUCAAUGCGACUGACAUUAAUCUGCCUCAAAAAGGUUAUGCCGAUAGAGUUUACCUUUCUGCAGAACUGGAAGAGGAAGGAACAGGAAUGACCAGCUCAGGAAGAAGUUCAAUGUCUCUUGUCACCAAAGCCGUAGAAGUGGCCUUCAUCAAUCUCAACCCGUUCUAUAAACGUGGCUUUCCAUAUACCGGAAAGAUGAAAUAUACCAUAAAUGAAAUUCCCCUCAAGAACGAGUCUGUCUAUCUUACCGUUGAUGUCAAUGAUGUAGAGACGCACUUUCCUUAUGUGACAGAUGAAAAGGGAGAAGCUCACUUCUCCUUAGACACGACAAAGUGGAAUGAUUCACUGGUUGCUCUCCGGGGCAGAUAUUCCAUUGUGAACGUGACUGAGGAUGCCAGCGCCCUUGAGAUAGUGCAGCAGGAAGCUUUCAGUUGGCUGAAGCCCUUCUACUCAGAGAGCAACAGCUUCCUCGAGAUCCGGUACAUAGAGGAAGAACUGCCCUGCGGAAAGGAUCGUGAAGUACUGGUGGAUUACAUAAUCGAUCGGAAAGAACUGGGCCCCGAGGCUGACCAUGUGGAUUUCUAUUACUUGGUUGUGUCCAAAGGAAAGGUCAUUUUGAGUGGGCAGAAACCGGUGCCAAUUGGCCAAGAUGAGACACUGAAGGGCACUUUUACUCUCACUAUAUCUGUGAGCGUGGAACUGGCGCCCACUGCCCGGCUCCUGCUGUUUGCUGUGUUUGCUGAUGGUGAGGUGUCAGCUGAUGUGGACGUGUUCAACAUAGAGAAGUGUCUCCAGCAUCAGGUGAAGCUGGGUUUCUCUGAGGAAGAAGACAUUCCGGGUUCGAAGGUCGAGCUGCAAGUGGAAGCUGUCCCUGGAGCCCUGUGCUCGCUCCGUGCUGUAGACAAGAGUGUCACCCUGAAGGCAGCCCGUGGAUUUCCCCUGACACUGAACGAUAUGUACCGGCAUGAUAGGUAUUACGAUAUAAUGUACUCAACUGGCACAAGAGGGUUUGACUACCACUUGGAAGACUUCGAGCCCUACCCUUGCCUGCCGUUAGGAGACAUCCUCAGGCAAAGAGGCAAGCGGUUUUUGCGUGGCGCCUGGUACGAAAGCCAAGGUGAUGUCUAUAGUCUCUUUAAGCAACUGCGAAUGAAACUUUUAACCAAUACCCGAGUGAAAAAACCUGUGACUUGCUUUCCACUACCUGAAAGAAGGAUGUACAACAUGGAGGGAAUGCAACCAAUGGCGUAUAGCAUAGCUGAGGCUGCGCCUCCUCCUAGGGGUGGUAACCUUCUGGAACCAGAUAUCCCUCAGCCUCUUGUGUCGGAAGCGAAGAAGGAGGAGAAGGGCAAACCAAGGACAUAUUUCCCAGAGACAUGGAUUUGGGAUCUAGUACCACUCAAUGAGGAGGGAAGAGCCUCUCUCUCGGUCACCUCUCCAGACACCAUCACCGAGUGGAGAGCCGACGCUUUCUGUGUGGCAGAUGUUGGCUUCGGGAUGGCCCAACCAGCUAACUUCCGGACCACGAAGCCCUUCUUUAUGGAGAUGCACUUGCCCUAUUCUAUGACGCGUGGUGAGACUUUUGAACUGAAAGCCACAGUCUUCAAUUACCUGAAGGACUGCAUCCAGAUGAAAAUCCAGCUGGCAGAAUCCGAGGAAGUCGAGGUGGAGCCCUGCCUGACCUGCCGCUUCACCACCUGCCUCUGCGCAGAGGAGGCCCAGACCUUCUCUUGGAACGUGACGGCAACACAGCUAGGACGUGUCAAUUUGUCGAUAACCACUGAGGCUGAGGAGACGCAGGAGCUGUGUGGCAACAGAAUCUCCGUGACGCCUGCACAUGGCCGCUCUGACACCGUGAUCAAGUCCUUGCUUGUCAAGCCAGAAGGCAUCCUCAAGGAAGAGACCCACAAUGCAUUCCUCUGCUCUUCAGGGGAUGCUGUGGUGGAGGACGUUUCUCUCAAGCUACCCGAGAAUCCUGUGGAGGACUCUGGCCGAGCCACCUUCUCUGUCAUCGGUGAUAUUCUGGGCCCUGCCCUGGAGAAUGUUGACCAGCUGCUUCAGAUGCCCUUUGGCUGUGGGGAGCAGAACAUGGCCAAGCUUGUCCCCAAUAUCUUCAUCCUCCAAUACUUGGAAGCGACCAACCAGGCAACUCCUGAGACCAAGGCCAAGGCCGCAGAAUACAUGACCAGUGGGUACCAGCGGCAACUGUUAUACAAACACGAGGAUGGGUCCUACAGCGCCUUUGGCAAGGCAGACACAGAGGGGAAUACUUGGCUGACGGCUUUUGUGGCCAGGGCUUUUGGCCAGGCAAAGUCCUACAUCUAUGUUGAUGCAAAGCAUGUUGAGGAUGCUGUUCGCUGGCUGAAGCAGCAUCAACGUCCCAGCGGCUGCUUUGAAAGCGUAGGGAGGCUCUUCAACAAUGCCCUGAAGGGUGGAGUGGACGAUGAGCUCUCGCUGACGGCGUAUGUGGCAGCCGGGCUGCUGGAGCUCCACCUCGACAAGAACGGUACCAUGGUGGAAGAUGCUUUAGCAUGUCUGAAGAGGAACUUAAGUUCUGUGCAUGAUGCCUAUCCCAGAGCCCUGUUGGCAUAUGCCUUCACAUUGGCAGGCGACAUGGAAACACGGCAGCAGCUCCUGAGAAACGUGCAGGCUGAAGAGGAAUCCGAAUUAUCCUCAAACCCCGAAGCGCUAGCAUACGUCCUCCUGGCUCUCCUCUCCAAACCAGAGGUCUCUGCGGAUGACAUCACUCACGGUGAAGUGCUAAUCCAAAGUCAGCCGCGAUCCUGGUCUCCUACUUACAGAACCCGGCAUGGGGGAUUCUCACUUCACUCCAGGUCACUGUUUUCUACCCUACAGGACACGGUGGUUGCCCUGCAAGGCUUAUCUCGGUACGCGGCCUUAACCUAUCGUGAAAUCGAAGGUGUCCAGGUGCUGGUGAAGUCCACCACAGGGUUCCAGCAUGAAUUCCACAUUGACAAGGGGAACCAGCUGGUGCUGCAGCAGGCGCCUCUCCCCGAAGUUCCCGGAGAGUACAAGGUGGAGGUCUCGGGCAUCGGCUGUGCGUACGUGCAGAGUACGCUUCGUUAUAACCAACAUCCUGAGAAGACAAAGGUUUUUGCUCUGAGUGUGGAGACAUCCCCCCAAGAAUGCAAUCAGACCUCCAGGAAACAUUUUGAUAUCCAUCUACAAGUGAGGUAUACAGGGCAACGAGAGUCGAGCAACAUGGCAUUGAUAGAGGUGAACAUGAUCUCCGGGUACAUACCUAUGAAAAAGUCUGUGAGGAGGAUGGAAGGGAAACUUGGAGUAAAGAAGGUGGAAAUUGACCCUGACAAAGUCACUGUUUACCUAGAUCAGCUGAAUGACACUGUGCGGAGCUAUGAUUUCUCUGUAGAGCAGGACAUGGAAGUAAGAGGCUUGAAGCCAGCAACAGUGAAGGUGUACGAUUAUUAUCACCCAGAGGACUAUGCCGUGGUUGAAUACAACGCACCCUGCAGCACAGAAACCACAAAAGAAGAUAACCAGUAAAAUCUGUGUUUGUACCUGAAGCAGCCUGAGUGUGAAUAGCAAACCUGGUGAAUGAAAAAAAAUGGUUCUAUUUUGUGUCCCCCUUCUGAGGAUAUUCUUUAAUCAUCAAAUGGCAAAACCACUGAACUGGAAAGAACUCAGUCCAGCUUCUCAGAAUGACGUUCAGAGUGGC